UGAGUGGAUCCGGAAAUUAUCUUUUGAUAUAAUCACUUCGAUAAUUCGGAUUAUCUUGUCGCCGUUAUAUAUUACUAUAGCCGUCUGAUCGCGACGCCUAUAGAUCAGACGUCAGACGUCAACGCGGUCUUGAAGAGGAAUCAAGGAUCGGUCGAAUCGGAUACUACAUUAUGACAGAAUCCAGGAAAACGCCUCAGGUGAAGAGGGUUUCUCUGGGAGUUGGCGGCGUUUUGGUGGAGCGCCCGGACGAGCCGAAGCGAGGCGCUUGGGCCAACCAGAUCGAAUUUGUUCUAUCCUGCAUUGGGUAUGCCGUUGGCAUCGGCAAUGUUUGGCGUUUCCCUCUCUUAAUAUAUCGCAAUGGCGGUGGUGCUUUUUUAAUACCCUUCAUUAUCAUACUGUUCGCAAUGGGUCUGCCUAUAUUCUUCUUGGAGCUUUGUAUGGGGCAGUAUACUGGAUUGGGGCCAGUAAAAGCUUUCAGCCGCAUGGCGCCAGCUUUUCAUGGCCUAGGUUAUUGCACAUUGGUCGUCAUCUUCUUGGUGAUGACAUAUUAUAUGGUAAUAGUCGCGUGGACUUUAUUCUACACUUUCGCUUCUUGCAUGUCAAAACUCGCCUGGGCGUACUGCGACAAUGAUUUCAACACGAAUGAUUGUUACAGCAAUCUUCAGGAUAUGAAAUGUCAACAGGACAGUAAUAAAACCCAGAUAUUUUACAAUAAGACCUGCAUGGCCAUCCACAGGGUCUGUUCCAGCUUUAGCUACAACGAUGGUAAUACUACUCACUGUUGGGGUGGCCCGAAUGGCGAGACCAAAUCAUUAGGUGAACUCUACGACCGAGUACUGUCGUCCGAGGAGUACUUCAGUGACUACGUUCUCGGUCUGCGCGGAGCUACAUGGGAGAACUUCGGCGGCAUACGGUGGGAACUGUUCGGGUGCCUCACGCUAGCCUGGAUAGUGUGCUUUUUAUGCCUGGUACGCGGUAUCCAGACCAUCGGCAAAGUCGUCUACUUCACCGCGCUCUUCCCUUACGUCAUUCUUACAAUUCUGCUAGUACGCGGUGUUACGUUGGAAGGCGCUGAUUCUGGCAUGCUGUGGUACAUAUAUCCCGAUUUUUCGAAGCUGCAAGACGCAAAUGUGUGGGCAGACGCAGCCUCUCAAGUCUUUUAUUCGCUCGGCAUCGCCUGCGGAUCCCUGGUGACUCUUGCGAGUUACAGCAACUUCAGCAACAAUUGCCACAGAGACGCUAUCAUCGUCACAUUCACCAACCUAUUCACAUCUGUUUUUGCUGGUUUGGUGGUAUUUUCGGUAGUUGGAUUUCUGGCCAAGCAGAUGAAAGUGCCGAUCGGCAGUGUGAUCCAGAGCGCGGAGGGACUGGCUUUUGUCGCUUACCCAGAGGCGGUGGUACAAAUGCCGUGGUCGAAUCUCUGGGCCAUCCUGUUCUUCUUCAUGCUCUUCAUACUCGGCCUCGGUAGUCAGUUCGCAGGCGUGCAAGCGAUAAACACCGCCAUACUGGACAGGCGUCCGGAUUUGCGAAAAUACGAGAGUUUCGUGGUGCUGGCUAUAUGCGCUACCUGCUGGCUCCUGGCGGUUCCAAUGGUAUUCGACGGCGGUAUCUACCUAUUCAAGCUGAUGGACUGGCAUACCGCCUCCUGGGCUAUCCUAUUGAUCGGCUUCGCCGAACUCAUUGUGCCCUCCUGGCUGUACGGAUGUAACAGAUUUCUGGGUAAUAUCGCCGAGAUGAAAAUUAAAUUCGGCCGUUUUCUUCGCGGAUAUUGGUGGCUCUGCUGGGUCGUCCUCGCCCCCGUCACUUGUCUAGGAAUCUUUGGAUAUCAAAUGGCUCAAACUGUGUUUCGGGGAAAGUACGGCUCGUACGUAUUUCCCGCUUGGACAGAAGCAAUCGGGAUCGGGAUCGGAUUGGCUACCUUGGUGCCAAUGCCGGUCUUCUUUAUCCUACGAGUCUGGAAAUCCGAGAGCUUCUUGAGUUUAUUCCGGCCCACGAAGUUAUGGAGGGCGGCUGAGCAGCAGGAUACGCUGGAUAACGGUAGCAUCACCACUGCGAUGGUCAAUCCGGCAUACGUUUCUUUGGAUAAAUUUUAAAUCUAAUUACUUGAUAUACGCAAUAAAUAAUAACUUGAAGAAAUGCCAAAAUAUAAGAUGUUCUGAGAACAUCGUUUUCCAAUAUGCAGGCAAUCUUUGAGAAGAUAACUCAUUCCGUUUUAGGAAUAAGUUACUUUUACCUGAGAAUAGAAUGUGAAUAAAUUAAUAUAAUGCAGAAAAUAAAUAUAAUGAAUAGAUUUUCACAUUGCAUAAUGAUAUUUUUAAAUGAAAACUUUGGCUUUAGCCUAAUUUUUAUUCCCAGAAUUAUUUUACAGCUACAAAAAAAAUAUUUGCAUUUUUGAUCAUUUUUGAUAAUAUUUAGCGAGA